AUGCAGAGCUGGAGUUUGCCAUCCAGCCAAACACUACAGGCAAACAGCUGUUUGACCAGGGUGAUGGACCAGCAUAAACUCUCCAGAGAGCAGUGGGAAGAACGGAUCCAGGUGUGGCAUGCUGAACACAGUGGCAUGCUCAAAGAGAAUGCCAUGCUGGAAUACCUGAAGAUUGCUCAAGACCUGGAGAUGUAUGGAAUCAACUACUUUGAAAUCAAGAAUAAGAAAGGAACUGACCUGUGGCUGGGGGUUGAUGCCUUGGGGCUCAACAUCUAUGAAAAGGAUGAUAAACUGACUCCAAAGAUUGGGUUCCCCUGGAGCGAAAUCAGAAACAUCUCUUUCAAUGACAAGAAGUUUGUUAUAAAGCCUAUUGACAAGAAGGCACCAGACUUUGUGUUUUACGCCCCUCGUCUGAGAAUUAACAAGAGGAUCCUGCAGCUCUGCAUGGGCAACCAUGAACUGUAUAUGCGGCGCAGGAAGCCUGACACCAUUGAGGUGCAACAGAUGAAAGCCCAGGCCCGGGAGGAGAAGCACCAGAAAGAACUGGAAAGGAAACAACUACAAGAUGAAAAGAAGAAGAGGGAGACAAUUGAGAGGGAGAAAGAGCAAAUGUUGAGGGAAAAGGAGGAGCUGCUGGUGAGGCUACAAGAGUAUGAGGUGAAGACUCAGAAAGCAGAGAAAGAGCUCUCGGAUCAGAUCCAAAGAGCCAUUCAGCUGGAGGAGGAAAGGAGACGAGCCCAGGAGGAAGCGGAACGCUUGGAAGCCGAUCGUUUGGCUGCUCUGCAGGCCAAGGAAGAGCUGGAGAGACAAACUAUGGACCAAAUGAAGAGCCAGGAACAGCUGGCUGCAGAGCUUGCAGAGUAUACAGCCAAGAUCGCACUUCUUGAAGAGGCAAGGAGGCGUAAAGAGAGUGAGGUUGAAGAGUGGCAAAUCAGGGCCAAGGAAGCCCAGGAGGAUCUGGUAAAGACAAAAGAGGAGCUACACCUGGUAAUGACUGCUCCGCCUCCACCCCCACCGCCCGUCUAUGAGCCAGUGAACUACCAUGUCCACGAUAACCUGCAAGAUGAAGGAUCCGAGUACUCUGCCUACAGCGCAGAGUUCUCCAGCGAGGGGAUCAAGAAUGACCGCAACGAGGAGAAACGCAUUACUGAAGCAGAGAAGAAUGAACGUGUACAGAGGCAACUGAAGGCGCUGACGGAUGAGCUGGCCCAGGCUAGAGAUGAAAAUAAGAGGACCCACAAUGAUAUUAUCCACUCGGAGAACAUGCGACAGGGCCGUGACAAGUACAAGACGCUGCGGCAGAUCCGGCAAGGCAACACUAAGCAGAGAAUCGAUGAGUUUGAGGCGAUGUAAUGAUGCUUGUAACAAGAAGGCAGGACUGUGGGAAAGGCAGAUCUUAAUG